AAUUAAUAUGGUAGGUAAAAACCUUUUGUUUUCUUAAUCUCAUUAUUUGCUUAAUAUAUUAUAAAUGUGGGCGGAGAUGCUUCUUAUUGAUUCCAUUUUCUAAUCAUUGGCUGUAUGUGGGAUGAGUACUACUACUCAAAUAUCGUCUAUAUAAAUAAAAGUAUAUAUAUACAUGAUAUAUAUCCCAUCAAAUUAACUCAUAAUAUUAUAUAUAUAACAAUAUUGUUGAUCACCCUUUUCCCAUUCUCCUAAGAAUUAUCAUUAAUGGAGACGAUGAACAGUAGAGAUUUUGAAGUUGGCUCUAAAUCAUCCAAUAAUGAUGAGACGAAUAAGAACAAAGCAUUAAUAAGUAAAAAGCAAGGAGGAAAUAGAGCUGCACUAUUUGUAUAUGCAACGGAGGGUUUGGAGAACAUGGCGUUCAUUGCCAUAGCAGUAAGCUUAGUGACUUACUUCUAUGGUUACAUGAAUUACAGCUUGACGAAAUCAUCAACCAUGCUCACCAAUUUUAUGGGAACUUCUUUUCUGUUGGCACUCGUAGGUGGAUUCAUAUGUGAUACAUAUUUAACCAGAUUCAAAACUUGUCUCAUCUUCGCCUCCUUCGAAUUGCUGGGAUAUACACUUUUACUGGUGCAAGCCCAUCGAAGUGAACUAAGGCCCCCAAAAUGCGUAGAUAAUAUUAAUCACCAAUGCGUAGAAGCAACCACAGGAGAGGCCUCAAUCCUAUACGUGGGGCUCUACCUUGUUGCUCUGGGGACUGGAGGAAUCAAAGCAGCACUCCCAUCAUUGGGUGCUGACCAGUUCGAUGAGAGGGAUCCAAAGGAGUCGAGUCAAUUGUCGAGUUUCUUCAACUGGUUCUUGUUCAGCCUCACCAUUGGAGCAAUCUUUGGUGUAACGGUGGUGGUUUGGAUAAGCACCAAUAAGGGAUGGGAUCGUGGCUUUGCUGUUUGCCUUGUAGCUGUCUUCUUUGCCCUUCUUUCUCUUACUUUCGGCAAAUCUUUGUAUCGCCAUAACGUUCCCAAAGGAAGCCCACUCCUCCGUUUUAUAAGAGUUUUCGUGGCUAGUAUUAAAAAUCGUAAGCUUCCUAUUCCAGAGAAUUCAGAUGAACUAUAUGAGAUUGGAGAAGACAAAGAAGCUGCAAUAUUAAAUAACCAUCAAGAAUUCCUUCAAAGAACAGACCAAUUCAAGUGCUUGGACCGAGCAGCAGUGAUAAGGACAGAUGGUAUAACAGGAAAAUGGAGAGUGUGCACAGUUACUGAAGUUGAAGAAACAAAGAUAUUAGUUAGAAUGCUUCCCAUUAUACUAAGCACAGUCUUCAUGAACACAUGCUUGGCACAACUCCAAACAUUCUCAGUUCAACAAGGCACCACAAUGGACACAACCAUCAAUGGCUUUGAAGUUCCAGCAGCCUCAAUCCCAGUCAUCCCACUCCUCUUCAUGUUCAUUCUCAUCCCAAUUUAUGACAAGAUCUUCGUCCCCAUUGCUCGAAGAAUUACUGGCAUUCCCACAGGUAUUCGCCACCUUCAGCGCAUAGGAGUAGGCCUAGUCCUCUCAGCUAUUUCUAUGACUGUAGCGGGAAUAGUAGAAAAGAAGAGAAAGAAUGUUGCCAUUGAGCAUGGCAUGGUCGAUAGCCUCGCUCCCUUACCAAUAAGUUUGCUCUGGCUAGGGUUUCAAUAUGCGAUAUUUGGAGCAGCGGAUAUGUUUACUUUGGUGGGUUUGCUUGAAUUCUUCUACGCUGAAAGCUCGGCAGGAAUGAAGUCUCUGAGCACAGCAAUCUCUUGGUGCUCUUUCGCCUUUGGGUACUACUUGAGCACGGUUGUGGUGGAGAUUGUGAACAAGGUGAGUGGUGGAUGGUUAGCCAAUAAUAAUCUCAACAGGGAUAAGUUGGAAUAUUUCUACUGGCUGUUGGCUGGGUUGAGUGUGGUGAAUUUUGGAGUUUAUGUGUUGUGUGCAUCUUGGUAUAGAUACAAAAAGUUGGAAGUACCAGUGGUCGAGAAAAAUGAUGUCUUGAAGGAAAUUAAACCUUGAUAUGUAAUAAACAUAAAUACCAUAUGGACUUGUACUGCAAGUACUUACAAUAACUUUUCUGAACACAAGAUUAUAUAAAAUUUAAUUAUGUUUUGAGAAGUUACAACAUGUGAUUAAAAAUGUUGCCUUUGCAUGCAUCUAAGUCAGAAACUUGAGGAAAGAGAAUCAAGAGA